ACUAGAAAUGAAGACAAAAGUUGGUUGAAGAGCUUGUUUGACAAGUAGUAUAAAGCUCUCUGAUAACUUGGAUUACAAUGAAAGUCAUAGUAGCACCUAGAGUUGUAAGAGAAACAGAGAGAUCUUACAUUUAAAUCAAUGCAAUCUUUAAUUGCUUUGAAAAACUCUUGCCAACUUACCCAACAUUGAAAAUGCCCUUCCAACUAAGGAAAGAGACAGACCUGGUGAUGAUCUAACAUUAUGAUCUAGCAUUCAUUCAUCUGUCGAAAGAGAUUAUAAUUUCUUCGGAGGUCUGAGAACUGUGAAUUGCAUUGUUACAACAUGGCGAUGAAGUCGGAUUUUGCACAAAAGCUGCUGCAUGAUCUAAGGCUAAAGAAGGAACGAAUGGCUGCAUCUCAGAGCUCGGGCACUUCAAGUACCAUGGCAAGAGAUGGACAAAGAAAUUCCGGCCAGACCUACAGAGGAACUCAAAAAACAAAAGGACCAGAACCUGUGAGGCCCAAUACAGGAAACUCAAGGAGAAGAGCGAGUGGAAAUGCUAGACUACCGACAGAUAGUGAAAAUUCAAGCCAAUUAGUUCAGUACAGAAGUGGCCAGAGCACUGGACAAAGAGUUGAUCUGCCUAUGGCGAUAUUGCUUGCCCUUCAGAACAGUGGGAAACACGGAAAGGGCAACUUCUCAGGCGGUAACCCAAUGCUACAGUUCCUCCAACAAAUUGGAAAGAAAUCACUCGACACUGGGAAGAUGGCAGGAUAUGGCAGCCUCAGUAAGCACCAUUCUUCGACUAGCCAGUUCCCGACCUUUUCAAAUCUUCAUGUUAAUGAAAUAUCAAAAGGGGUGCAAAAUUUGAAUCAUAUUUUAAGAGCUUGUUCAAAUGGCCUUAACAUUGACAAGUAUUCAAUAGAAGUUGGCAAGGAAUUGUUAAAAGGGGCUACUGAUUUAGAAGAAUCCUUGCGGAUGCUUGUGAAUUUGCAAGAAGCUUCAGAGUACAUGAUUAAACCUCAGAGAAAGAACAGGAUCACUUUACUCGAGGAGGAAGAUAGUGACGAAGCUAGCAAGGGGUCAACGAUUCAGCAGAAACAACUUGAUCUGCCAAGAUUCUCAUUUGAUAAGCCAUCAAGGAAUUCCCAUGGCUUUGUAACAAAGUCUGAUUCAAAUCAGAGAUUGAUAGAGCUGACAUAUCAUGCUAGGAGUUCCAGCUUCUCCAACAAUCAAGCUUCUAGUUCCAAUUCGGAGCCUCAUAGACGGUCUUCGAGUUGGAGUUCCAACUUUAAAACUCCUACAGACUCUGAACAAACAAGCCACUCGAAUUCAUCACGAGCUGCAGCAGAAAAAGGGAGAAUGUCAAGCAUUAUUGCAAAAUUGAUGGGGUUAGAAGAGAUUCCAGAACAAGUACCUUCACAAAUCAGACAGAAAGAUUCAGGGACGAGAAAUGGAGAAGGAAUGGGCUUAAAGAUCACGUAUCUGACAACGAAGAACACUGAGAUAAAGACCAAGAAAUCUGACAGGCAAGAAAAUAUAACCAAAAAAUACAAUGUCUUGAAACAAGACCGCCACGUUUCAGAAACUAAGAACAACAAUGUUCCACAGAAAGCUGAAAAGCAUCAGGUAUUACAUCAGCUUAACUCAGUUGUGGCGAUUGCUGAUGAAAAUUUACAAAGGAAGAAUCAUGAAAGAGCAAAAAGAACUAUACAUGGUUCAGACCCAGAAAAUUCUGCCAUCAAAUUAGAUAAACAACAAAAGAGCAUCAACAGGUCAAUAGAAGUUUUCGGAAAUCAGGUUUUGGAGAAAGAGGCAAGACAGAAUUCCAUGAAGCACAGGCAACUAAAGACUCCAGAGAAAAGUGAAACCAAGGAACCCAUCAUUAAAGAUGAAAUGCAUCAGAGAUUAAAACUCAAGCAUAGAAGUUCAAGUAUAUUGCAAGAAAAGGCAGAACAUAGAAAGGUCACAGCUCAAACAGAAGGCAGAAACUCCGAGAGGCUUACUGCAAGAUAUCAACCAAAACCCCUGCAGAAUAAUGAAUUGCAGCAGCUUCAUAUGCUCCGGAAAUCUGGUAUCCAAGAAGAAAAGCAUCAGACCAAUAAGAGAGAGGAGCAGAACAUAAGAAGUAAUUAUCAAGCUCCGACACCAAAUGGGAGUCCAUUAAGAUCAGCUACGGCACAAGAUGGAAGUCCAGUAAGAUCAAAGGUUCCGUUGAAAACAAUGCAUAAUGAAAAUAGGUUAACCAAGAAGCAUCCACCUAUGAACCAAGCUUCAGUCACGAGGAAAUAUCUUAAAGAAAAUAAUGAUGAAAUGCAUCAGGAAGAGCAGCCAGAUAGCAGACAUUAGGAAAAUACUGUUGGAGACAAGUCUGCUACUAUUGUUUCAAUGAACAUGGACCACAAUGCAUCCCCAAGUGAACUAGCCCCACAGAUACAGACAGAAAAAGAUAUGAUGCUGCCACUUGAACGAAAGAGGCCUAUCCACGUCUUAGCCACUGGAAAGAAGGCCGAAAUUACACAGAAGUUUAGAGGACAAAUUCCUAGGAAGAUGAAUGAGAGAAUGAACAAGAGAAGUGGAACUUUAACAAACUUGGCAACACCUACAAAACAUCAAACUAGUGUUACUCAAGAAUCCAGGGAGAGAAUUCAGGAGACGGCCACUGAGACAAAGGGAUCAGAAGAACAUAGUUCUGUCGCAUGCAAAGAACCAGAAGAGAGCACGGAAGAAGCUAAAUCAGAAGAAAUUGUUCAAACCCUGAGUACAGAUGAGGAAAAACAUUUUGAAACUGCAGCAACCAUAGAUCCUAGCAGUUCCCAGGAUGAUGAAUGUAGAAGUCUAGAAGUGGUAUCGCCUCCAGAUGCAAAUGACAUUAGCAAAGACACUGCACACCAAGCUCAGCCAUCUUCAGAACAGAAGUCCUUGGAAACUUUACCAAGCUCCUUAAUUGGCAGCAAUGAAAUAUCUCACCCUAGAUUGCAAGAGCACAAGAAAGCCUUAAUAUCAUGGAAACAAGAGCCACUGACAGAAAACGAAAAGAAACUCAAAGAGACACUGAUUACAAGUCCACUAUUCUUGAACACAGCAGAAGCACUUUUCAGGCUCAACAUACCAGUUGGCAUUCUUCAUGCAAGUGAUCAGAUAUAUCAAGAGAAAUCCACAAAGUUCACAAUAGACUGUGCUUAUGAGGUUAUGAAUAGGAAAGGAAGAAGACAAGAACUACUUCAACAAUGUUUCAAAGUAUCCAUCUGCAACACAACAGUUAGCUCUUUGGAUAAUCUGAUCAAACAACUAUACAAGGACUUCGAUAGGCUAAAAUACUACGGAGGAAAUGAGCAUGAUGAUAAUGAUGAUGCUGAAGCCCUGCUCAAAAUGCUCGAGAUGGACAUCCAUAAUACACAUCCACAUCUAAACUGCAUGUGGGACUUUGGGUGGAACGAGGUAAUGUUUGCAUUUGAUGGAACCAAUGACAUUAUCAAGGAUGUGGAAAGACAAGUGCUGGACGAGCUCAUAGAUGAGAUUACAAGUGAAUAGUCACUUGCAGUCGUCUGAAAUCGCCUAAAGUUAAAGUUACAGAAAGUAAGUUUUCUUCUAGUAUGUUAUGUAAUGCAAGUUUAACAUUUCCCACAGAGUAGAGUUGUAAGAAAGAUAAUGAAGUUUCAUGUUUGUUAAUUCGCAA